GUUGAGGAGCAGGGGUAAUCACCGUCAGUCAGAGAGAGAGAGAGAGAAAGAGAGUGGACAGUGAGCGCGAGAGAUGCUUUACAGAGGAGCUGUGGAGCGAGAAAGAAUGUAACAGGCAGAUAGAAGGAGGAGCGCAGAAGAGAGACGGAGGAAAGCUGCUCUUUUUCUUUCCCCUUCUACACGCUACUAUACCUGCUUUCUCACUCUCCUCCCACCUUGCCUCAGACCUUCAAUUGUGGGCUGUUCCCUCCCUACCCUCCUCCCUCUCUGCCUCCUCCUAUCGUACACGCUAGCGCUUGCUUUGGGCUGGGAGUGUGGCGCACCUCUCUCUCUCUAAUCUCGGGUGGUUUUGUCUCUCGUUGCUCUGCUGCUGCUCUCAGGGGACUCGUCGCCGGGAAACUGGAAUACAAACAUGGGAGUGACAGGCAGAUUGACUGUGGACAUGCUGGGAAUGGUAGUGGGAUUGAGUGGGAACGCCACUGGAUUUCCCCAACAAUUCCCUCUCCUUCCCACCGACAUGCAGGAUUAACCAGGAACACCAGUUGGAUUCCCCCAAUUCCCAUCGGAGGUAGAGAGUAUGAUUUUUAUCCGUGUGUGUGUGUGUGAGGAGAGUGGGAAUAUGGGGCACAAAUGAACACGGUGUCUUGUGUGUCUGAGACAGUGCUACAGAUGAUUGACUCGCCCUUGUCGUUACAGCAGACACCUGCUGGACCACCUCUGCCUGUAUGACUACAACUGGGGAGAAGAGACGUAAAGAGAGAUGAGAGAAGAGGCUUAUGAGGCUAUCCAAGCCUAGGUCAAAAUGUGACAUUUAUUUGAGGAUUUUGAAAAAGGUCAAAACUAGAGAUUAUAAAAUAGUAUUAGUAUAUGGCCCUCCCAACUAGAGUGGAUUUGAGAAUGGGCCCUGUUUGGCUCCUCCUGUUGCUGCUCACACCCCUCCUUUCAGCACAGGUUAGCAUAGUUUCUGAAUUGGGGACUACAGCCGAGUCAGAGGACCCAACGGAGUCUGUUGUGAGCACUACAGGGGAGCCGGGCACCCCCUACAGCCCCGAUCCCUCAGGGUCGGUCACGAUCCCCUCGGAAGCCCCAAAGGAGGACUGGACGCCGGCAGAGGUUUUUCUCUACAGCGGGGACUACUCCGUCUUGGGGAGAGUGGAGUGCGACCGGGCGUACAGUCUCACGGGCCAGAACGGCCCCCUGCCGCGAGGGUUCUAUGGCCCCCUCCGACCGUCCAUGGACGCCCUGGCCAACACGGCCAACUUCCUCAACAUGAUCUUCCAGGCCAGCGAUCUGCGGGAGAGCAGUGUGCGGGAGGACAUGGAGUGGUACCACGCCAUGGUGCGCGCCCUUCUGGAGGCCGACCCCCUCAUCCGGCAGGCCCUCCUCACCUUUGACGCCGACCCAGCCUCCACCACCCCCCAGCUUGUGCUCCGCGCCUCCCGGAACCCUGCCCCCCCCAGGUACCAGAACAUCCUCCUCCAGGACCUCUCUAGCCAAUGGGAAAGUCUGCACCUCCCGGCCCCCGCACCCGACGACACCUGGUUCAGCAGUUUCAAGUUUCCCGCCACCUCCAACCAGCCCACCUCGACACUAUCUAAAAGAGUCCUCCUCAAUGACCUCAGCACCCUGGACACGCCCAAAUGGGGGCGGGGUGAUAGCUACGUGACCAAUCGCAGUGGGGUGCGCUGGGCCAAUGGGCCAUUCCUAGAGUGUGAGGACGGCCGCUUCCUGCCGGGCUGGCUGCUCACCCUAUCCACUUCCUUCUACGGCCUGAAGCCCGACCUCAGCCCUGAGUUUAGGGGUGUAAUCCGUGUGGAUGUAAACGUACAGGGCCUUGAUGUGAACCAGUGUGACACGGGGGACGCUUGGUUUGCCAACACACACCAGUGCAACCGCACCACCAUGGAGUGUGAGCCAAUCACAGGCCAGGGAUUCAGAUUGGGCCAGUACUGCUGUCGCUGCAGAGAGGGAUACUACAGCCCCCCAAUGGACGAAGGUGGUGCUCUGAACGGCAGCGGUGAGGAGGGGGGUGGCGUGUGUUACCCGGCCCUGCCCAUCUGUCUCCCCUGUUGGCCGGGCUGCAAGCGUUGCGAGGACGGCACCCCCUGUUGGGUAGAGGAGGACUGGUUCCUCAGAGCCGGGGUGCUGGCCGUCCAGGGCUUCUUCAUGCUGCUGGUGUUCAUCAGCAUGCUGGUGGCCUACCAGUUCAGACGCAGCAGGAGGAUCCGGGCAUCAGGUCUCCUACUGUUAGAGACCAUCCUGUUUGGCUCUCUGCUCCUGUACUUCCCGGUUUUCAUCCUGUACUUCAAGCCCAGCACCUUCCGAUGCAUCCUGCUUCGCUGGGUGCGACUUUUGGGCUUUGCCAUCGUCUAUGGAACGGUAACACUGAAGAUAUAUAGGGUUCUCAAGGUGUUCCUGUCGCGCACAGCCCAGAGAGUGCCCUACAUGUCCAGCAUACACCUGCUGAGGUUGCUGGGAGUUAUGGUUGUGACCGUCAGCUGGUUCUUGUGUGCGUGGACCGCGGGCGUUCUACAGAACCGUGACCGUAACGUUCCGUUACUGAUCAUAUCGACCACGUCGGAUGGUCAGGGCUUCAGCCUCUGUGACCUGGACCGCUGGGACUACAUGAUGGCCGUGGCCGAGCUGAUGUUUCUGUGCUGGGGCAGUUUACUGUGCAGUGCUGUGAAGCCAGUGCCCUCAGCCUUCCACGAGCCUCGCUACAUAGGUAUCGCCAUACACAACGAGCUGCUGCUAUCCUCCAUGUUCCACCUGCUACGGUUUGUCAUGCCCUCUCUGCAUCCUGACUGGAUGCUGUUGCUGUUCUUCACCCAUACGCAUGUCACUAUCACUGUGACACUGGCCCUGCUCUUCAUACCCAAGUUCCUCCAUGUUUCGAGGGCGGGGAGAGAGGAGAUUGCAGAGGAGGUUUAUGAGGAUGAGGUGGAAUUGCGGCGAUCCGGCUCGUACCUCAACAGCAGUUUUACCUCAGCAGUUUGGAGUGACCACAGCUUGGACCCCGAUGACAUUCGGGAUGAGCUGAAGAAAUUGUAUGGUCAAUUGGAGGUCCACAAGACCAAGAAGAUGACAGCAAACAACCCCCACCUGCAGAAGAAGCGCAGCUCUCGGCGCGGGCUGGGCCGGUCCAUCAUAAAGCGUAUCACUGAGAUCCCAGAGUCCAUGAGCCGACAGUGUAGCCGUGAUGGCAAAGAGGUCAACUUGGGCAGCAGGGAUGUUACGCACGCCGAGUCCAGUAAGAGAGCGCCAGAUACUUUUAGCGUAAAUUACAAAGAUCAACCAGUAAAGCAGCCUUCACCAGUGCUGCGUAAAUCUCAAAGUGACUAUGACUAUGUAACCGAUAAAGACCCCUCCUUGCACGACUCCAUGUUAAGGGCGACUCUAGCUAAGAGAUGCUCACAGCGCUCUGAGACAGACUCGUUGUAUAUGGCACCAUUGGUCUGUAAGUCGGCCAGUGCCCAAAACCUUACAGUCGAUAACAAUCUCCUGCUUCCUGGACCUACCAAGCUACACAAGUCACUGAGUUUAGCGCCCAGUAAAACCCACAGUCUGGAAGACACCUCUCGGGUAGGCAGAGAUACCGAAGGCGAGCAAGGGCAGUCCCAACAGGAUGUCGCUAUCAAGGACCAGACAUCAAGUGCCCUUGUGCAAUCCCAGUCCUAUGACAAGGCCGAAGUGUGUCCCUGGGAGCUUGCGGAGGAACGCCCUGCCAACAAGAACCAGCCACACGUUACCUUUGCUCCCUCUGAGGAAGAACCAGAGAGCCCAGAGGGUUUAUCAUCACCAAUACUGAAACAUAUUUGCCCCUGGGACCAUUUACCAGUUCCUACCCCAGCAGAAAGUACUGCUGGGGAUUCACAAGGCGGAGAGGCAGAAUGUGAGUCCCCGAGACCCCAGGCUCCCAUCUCCGCUAGUGUACCUGGGUCCCCAAAGAACACGCGGGUCUUCUCCUUCCGCACUUCCACCCAGAAAUGGCUCUCUGUAAAAUCUUUUGUAGGAUCUGUGGAUGCAGGCAUCAAGGAAAAAGACAAAAAGGAGACAGCAGGAGAUACGGUUAAGAAACUGGACUCAAUAUCACAAAAAAGCCAGGGGAGUGUAGCCACCAUCGCCGUUAUCGCAGCAUUAAAAUUAAAAACUCCAAGCAUUUCAAGCGCAGAAGUGAAAUCACAAAGUGUUUCAAACUUGGAGAAGAAAUAUAAUGUUUCAAGCAUAGACAAAAGGACACAGCAAAAAAGAAGUAUGACAACAGUAGAUGUGAAACCUGCCCUCGUGAAACAGGCUGCAAUCAGACUGUCCUCAAGUGAUUCCUCUGAAAGAAGUCCUAGGAGAAUAGUGGUUGUACAGUCCACUGUCUAUCCUUGGGAGUCAGAGGACAUGCAAAAGGACAGUAUGUAUGAAAACGUGUUCAUCUCAAGCAAAAACACUGCACAUAGCACAGCUAAGACUCCUUCCACUCACAGAAGGGGUUGCCAAAUUAGGCCUGCUCUGAGUGUUGCCCAAUCAGAUAUUAGCCCAUGGGAUGUUCCUGCUUCCUCCCAGCAAGCCCCACAGAGACAACAAAGCAUCAUAGCAGACAUCUGCCCGUGGGAGGUGGAGGAACCAGAGGAGGAUCCAAAGGCGCCUGCACGUGUCAGUGUAUGUCCUUGGGAAUCAGAAGAAGUAUUGAAAAGACAGGAGAGUAUCCGGGGAGAAGUAUGCCCUUCGGAAGCUAUUGUUUCCGCCAUCCCAAUUACUUCAGCGUCCAACCAGUCUGAGAAGAAAUCAGACGGUCUGAACAAGAAACCAACAGACGUAUGUCCUUGGGAAACCGAUGAAACCCCACAGAUUUCUCAAGGCCUAAAACCCCAAGAGAGUGUACGGGUUGAUGUCUGCCCUUGGGAUGUGGGGGAUUCCUUCCCUGAAAAAGUAAAGGUGGCAAUUAUUUAUGAAAAUGUUCAUCCACAGGAGAAUAAGGGAUUGCAUAAGGCGCCACCAAAAUGUCAGGAGACAAUACAUGCAAAUGUCUGUCCAUGGGAAUCUGAAGAGACCCCAAAAUCCCAAGACGGUGUACGGGAGAAUGUCUGUCCUUGGAAAUCAACGGACAUGCCAAGCAUUGGGAAGCAAGAUGUACAAACAAAAAGCACAGAGCAACCUAAAUCUGCCCCUGAAAAAAAACGAAGUGUCCCCAUAGCGAAAGCAUGUCCAUGGGAAUUCCCUGACCCACCGAAAGACUUGACAGUACUUUGUCCUUGGGAAAAGGAGGAGAGUCCAAUGCCACCCAUAGCCAUAAAGAUCACCAAAGGAUCAUUUUCCCAGGAGACCACUGUUGCAAAACCCAAUAUUUGUCCAUGGGACAUUGGAGACCAAGAAGAGAUAGAAGGAAAAGACAGCCCUUGUACAAAUGUUUGUCCUUGGGAAACCCAAGGCAGAACUCAAGCUGAUCCAAAAAAGACUGACAGCGUUCAAGUAAAUAUUUGUCCUUGGGAGACUGAGAAACCAGAGCAGCAAGAAAGCACUCCGGCUAUUGUCUCCAUAGAAACAGGAAAGAUUAAAAGACCAGACAGCGCUCUGGCAGAUGUUUGUCCUUGGGAAACAGGGGCAACUGAUGAGCCAGACAAGACAAAAAGACGAGAUGGCACUCAAACGGAGAUUGGUCCAUGGGAAACUGAGGAUCCAAAAAAGACAGAGGAGAAAGAUGGUGUCAAAGUUGAUGUUUGUCCUUGGGAAACUGGAGAGACUGAAAAGACAAUUGGACAAGACAGUACUAAAGCAGAUAUCUCCAAGGAAACACAAAAAGAGAAAAGACGAGAUAGUGUUCGAGUUAAUAUUUGUCCUUGGGACACUGAUAUCCCCAAAGAACCAGAAAAGAUGAAAAAAACAGACGGUGUUUGGGCAGAUGUUUGUCCAUGGGAAACUGGUCCAGCUGAAGAGUCAGAAAAGACUAAAGGCCAGGACAGCACCAAGGCAGACAUUCUUCCAUGGGAAACUGGUCCAGCUGAAGAGUCAGAAAAGACUAAAGGCCAGGAUAGCACCAAGGUAGACAUUUGUCCAUGGGAAACUGGUCCAACUGAAGAGUCAGAAAAUACUAAAAGCCAUGACAGCACCAAGGUAGACAUUUGUCCAUGGGAAACUGGUCCAUCUGAAGAGUCAGAAAAUACUAAAAGCCAGGACAGCACUAAGGCAGACAUUUGUCCAUGGGAAACUGGUCCAGCUGAAGAGUCAGAAAAUACUAAAAGCCAUGACAGCACCAAGGUAGACAUUUGUCCAUGGGAAACUGGUCCAUCUGAAGAGUCAGAAAAUACUAAAAGCCAGGACAGCACUAAGGCAGACAUUUGUCCAUGGGAAACUGGUCCAGCUGAAGAGUCAGAAAAUACUAAAAGCCAGGAUAGCACCAAGGCAGACAUUUGUCCAUGGGAAACUGGUCCAGCUGAAGAGUCAGAAAAGACAAAAGGCCAGGAAAGCACCAAGGCAGACAUUCUUCCAUGGGAAACUGGUCCAGCUGAAGAGUCAGAAAAGACUAAAAGCCAGGACAGCACCAAGGCAGACAUUUGUCCAUGGGAAACUGGUCCAGCUGAAGAGUCAGAAAAGACAAAAAGCCAGGACAGCACCAAAGCAGACAUUUGUCCAUGGGAAACUGGUCCAGCUGAAGAGUCAGAAAAGACUAAAAGCCAGGACAGCACCAAGGCAGACAUUUGUCCAUGGGAAACUGGUCCAGCUGAAGAGUCGGAAAAUACUAAAAGCCAGGAUAGCACCAAGGCAGACAUUUGUCCAUGGGAAACUGGUCCAGCUGAAAAGUCAGAAAAUACUAAAAGCCAGGACAGCACCAAGGCAGACAUUUGUCCAUGGGAAACUGGUCCAGCUGAAGAGUCAGAAAAGACUAAAAGCCAGGACAGCGCCAAGGCAGACAUUUGUCCAUGGGAAACUGGUCCAGCUGAAGAGUCAGAAAAUACUAAAAGCCAGGAUAGCACCAAGGCAGACAUUUGUCCAUGGGAAACUGGUCCAGCUGAAGAGUCAGAAAAGACAAAAGGCCAGGAAAGCACCAAGGCAGACAUUCUUCCAUGGGAAACUGGUCCAGCUGAAGAGUCAGAAAAGACUAAAAGCCAGGACAGCACCAAGGCAGACAUUUGUCCAUGGGAAACUGGUCCAGCUGAAGAGUCAGAAAAGACUAAAAGCCAGGACAGCACCAAGGCAGACAUUUGUCCAUGGGAAACUGGUCCAGCUGAAGAGUCAGAAAAUACUAAAAGCCAGGAUAGCACCAAGGCAGACAUUUGUCCAUGGGAAACUGGUCCAGCUGAAAAGUCAGAAAAUACUAAAAGCCAGGACAGCACCAAGGCAGACAUUUGUCCAUGGGAAACUGGUCCAGCUGAAGAGUCAGAAAAGACUAAAAGCCAGGACAGCACCAAGGCAGACAUUUGUCCAUGGGAAACUGGUCCAGCUGAAGAGUCAGAAAAUACUAAAAGCCAGGAUAGCACCAAGGCAGACAUUUGUCCAUGGGAAACUGGUCCAGCUGAAGAGUCAGAAAAGACUAAAAGCCAGGACAGCACCAAGGCAGACAUUUGUCCUUGGGGGACCGGGGAUCCUAUAGAACCAGAGAAGAUAAAAAAGCAAGAGAGUGUUCGAGAAGACGUUUGCUCAUGGGAAACUGAUGAAACAGAAAAGUCUGCCGAGAAAGAGGAAACUAUGAUUGCCAGUGGCAUACAGGACAUCACAGAGACCCAGGGUGCACUCUCUAUGGAAGAGGGUGACGCUGCAGAACCUGUAGCCGGCAGCACACAGACGGCAGAGGCAGCCAAAGCUAAUAUGCCCCUGGCUCGGCGUGAUGCUAUGUGCCCUUGGGAGAUGGAAGGGACCAAAUCACCAUCAUCCCCGUCAUCCAUCACAGAACACGACAAUAACUCUGACGUUUUUACAUGGGAGCCUGAAAACAUUCUUGAAGAGGAAGAGGAAGAGGAGGAAGAUGAUGCCGAGAGUGCUGCUGAAGCCUUCAUCUUCCCAUCCGACUUGUAAACGCCAAGACUGUCAAUUACUGGCUAGAACAAGAAUGGUCUCAGUGGGUUGUUGCACCCGAUUCACUGACUGGGUCACUGUGCAAAGCUGUCCCAUAGCAGGGGGGGUAAUGAAUAGGACAUGACCUUUGCAAACCUGAAUGUAGCAAAGGCCCCUGGACUGUCCAUCCAUAACACUCCCCAGAAAAACACUGCUCCACAAGCAAUACGCCCCUGGGCCAGGAUCUGCAAAUGCUCUGCCCACCAGAGGUACAUUUACCCUCCCAGGUUCUCAAUCAGAGAAAGCUUCUGGAUGCAGUCCCUCUUCUUCUUACCACUUUGACCCCUUUUAGAAAUGUAUAUUGUUUUCGGUCUUUCUGUGUUUAAGUGACAAUGGGCUCUUCUGUAUCACACAGUUAAAACCCCAUCGCCAUGGCUGUGAAAGGUUGACAAUGUGUUUAAAUAACAGCCUGAGCUUGACGAAGCUGGCGAUAACUCCUUAUAGACACACAGGGAAAUAAUCUACACCAGACCAGUGCUCCUUCAGGUUAACCUGGAAGCACAUCCAGCAUUUUUGUAAAUCACUGAUUACAAUGGUGGUGAUGCAUGUCCUUUUGUUGCCUGCUAUAAACACAUUCCAAACAAUUUAAGGACAGCUUUCCAGCUGUAAUAUAAAUCUGUGCUUUUUCAAAGUCAAUUGUGUCAAUUACAAAGUCGUGGCUACAAGGAUAUCAAAUGUAAUGUCAGUAAUGUGGAUCAACAACAUGAUCAUGUCCCCACAGACACAGAGCUAAUAUUAAUAAUACAUCUAACUUUAACAGAGAACUUAAAUCAUACUAAUUCAAUACUGACUUGUGAAGAACUAGCUAUGAUCUGUUCUUUUGAAUCAUUUACAAUACCAAUUUUAUUAAAGAAGAAUAAAUACAUGAAUUCAUAUUUAAACAUUUAAAAAAGGUAGAUCUACACUUUGAAGAGAAUGCAAGACCAAACCUUUUUUCACAUUUAUUUUUUUAAAGCAUACAACUCAAUUUGGAAACAGUUGCCCUAAAAAGAACUGCACCCCAGUAUAGUCCUGCUAAAACUGUACAUAAGGCCAUUGUCAUUGAUUUAUUCACCAUUUCCAUGCUUUAUUUACCAAAUGUAUCCAUCCAUCUUGGCCACAUCUCCGCAUUCAGUGGAAAUUAAAGUUUGUGCGGUGGUGAUAUCAUGUUAUUCGCAAUGGACUAACUUUGUUUUGUGAGCGUUUUUUGAAUGGUGCUGUCUUUUUGUUAAGUAGAAUGAAACACCAUCAUCACACAAUGCAUCCUUUGUGUACGCAAGUUGAAAGUGAUUUCUGUUGAUUUCAGUUAUUUUUGUAUGUUUUGCUUAUGAAAAGUACAGAUUAUUCGGAUAUAAAAUGUACAUUCACUGAAAUCAAAAAGGUAUGAAAAAAGAGAUGGGACAUUUUAUUUUUGUAUUCUUUAAAUGAACAUGUAAUAUAUUCACCAUUGAAAUAAACCAUACAAUCUGUACAGA